AUGGAGAACGUCUGCAAGCGCAGAUGGUAUUCGCUACGCGACCAAUACAGGAAGAACCUUAAAAAGGAAAAGGAGCAGGGCGAUUCAGCGCCGCCGAGAAGAUGGAAAUGGAAGGACGAAUUGGAGUUUCUGAUCCCGUUUUACAAAAAGCGUGCGAAACCUCUGCUCAACACGAAUAAAAAUACACGAAGCGAAAGCUACAUUCAUGAAAUUGAGGAGGAAGUGGAGGUUUAUCAAAUUUGCCCUGCGGGACCGACAACAGAGAUUUCGCAAACGCCCAAAGAAAAUCAAACGCAAAAAAGUGCAUCUGUUGAAGUGUCGUCCAAUUCCACCGAGGCAUUUUUUAAAGGAAUCGCCGCCAAAGUCAAACAAUUCUCUCCGUACAAUAGAAACAUUGUGGAAUCUCAAAUAUUCAACCUGGUGCAAAAGUUCGAAAUGAGUCAAAUUUUGAACAGGGAACAGUCGAGUUUUGCCGAAAAUGCCCAGGCUACAGAUUUGAGUUACGCUGAAAAUACCAAGACUCACAAAUAUAUUCACGAACAUGAAUCGGUCUCGACUAAAAAUUACUUUGAGUAUACCUAUAAUAAUGUUGAUGUUGAAUUUGAUUGA